CCUUUUCAACAUCUUCCUCCUUCCCUUUUCCUCCCAAGGUGCUUCCACCCAGAAUUCUAACACUGUGGAGCCAGAGAAGCAGGUCGACAACACGGUGAAGAUGGCUGGUGUGAUCGCUGGCCUCCUCAUGUUCAUCAUCAUUCUCCUGGGGGUGAUGCUGACCAUAAAAAGGAGGAAGCUGGCUAAGAAGCAGAAGGAGACCCAGAGUGGAGCCCAGAGGGAGAUGGGUCCUGUGGCCUCGACUGACAAGCCUACCACCAAGCUCAGCACCAACCGCAAUGAUGAAGGCUUUUCCUCCAGCUCUCAGGACGUUAAUGGAUUCACAGAUGGCAGCCGUGGGGAGCUGUCUCAGCCCACCCUCACCAUUCAGACUCACCCCUACCGGACUUGCGACCCUGUAGAGAUGAGCUACCCCCGGGACCAAUUCCAGCCUGCCAUCCGGGUGGCAGACCUGCUUCAACACAUCACCCAGAUGAAGAGAGGCCAGGGCUACGGGUUCAAGGAGGAAUAUGAGGCCUUACCAGAGGGACAGACAGCUUCGUGGGACACAGCCAAGGAAGAUGAAAACCGCAAUAAGAAUCGAUACGGGAACAUCAUAUCUUAUGACCACUCCCGAGUGAGGCUGUUGGUGCUGGAUGGAGACCCUCACUCAGACUACAUCAAUGCCAACUACAUUGAUGGAUACCACCGACCCCGGCACUACAUUGCAACCCAAGGUCCAAUGCAAGAGACCGUGAAGGACUUUUGGAGAAUGAUCUGGCAGGAAAACUCUGCCAGCAUCGUCAUGGUCACAAACCUUGUGGAAGUAGGCAGGGUGAAGUGUGUCCGAUACUGGCCGGAUGACACAGAGGUCUAUGGAGACAUUAAAGUCACCCUAAUAGAAACAGAGCCCCUGGCAGAAUAUGUCAUCCGCACCUUCACAGUCCAGAAGAAAGGCUACCAUGAGAUCCGGGAGCUUCGCCUCUUCCACUUCACCAGCUGGCCUGACCAUGGUGUUCCCUGCUAUGCCACUGGCCUUCUGGGCUUUGUCCGCCAGGUCAAGUUCCUCAACCCCCCAGAAGCCGGGCCUAUAGUGGUCCAUUGCAGUGCUGGAGCCGGGAGGACUGGCUGCUUCAUUGCCAUUGACACCAUGCUCGACAUGGCUGAGAAUGAAGGGGUUGUGGACAUCUUCAACUGUGUGCGUGAGCUCCGGGCACAGAGGGUCAACCUAGUGCAAACAGAGGAGCAGUACGUGUUUGUGCAUGAUGCCAUCCUGGAAGCAUGCCUCUGCGGCAAUACGGCCAUCCCUGUGUGUGAGUUCCGCUCUCUCUACUACAACAUCAGCAGGCUGGACCCACAGACCAACUCCAGUCAGAUCAAAGAUGAGUUUCAGACACUCAACAUAGUGACACCUCGUGUGCGGCCUGAGGACUGCAGCAUUGGGCUCUUACCCCGGAACCAUGACAAGAAUCGGAGCAUGGAUGUCCUGCCUCUGGACCGCUGCCUACCCUUCCUCAUCUCAGUAGAUGGAGAAUCCAGCAACUACAUCAAUGCAGCACUGAUGGAUAGCCACAAGCAGCCUGCCGCCUUUGUGGUCACCCAGCACCCUCUACCCAACACUGUGGCAGACUUCUGGAGGCUGGUGUUUGAUUAUAAUUGUUCGUCUGUGGUGAUGCUGAAUGAGAUGGACACUGCUCAGCUCUGUAUGCAGUACUGGCCUGAGAAGACCUCCGGGUGUUAUGGUCCCAUCCAAGUGGAGUUUGUCUCUGCAGACAUCGAUGAGGACAUCAUCCACAGAAUCUUCCGGAUCUGUAACAUGGCUCGGCCACAGGAUGGUUAUCGUAUUGUCCAGCACCUCCAGUACAUCGGCUGGCCUGCAUACCGGGACACGCCCCCCUCCAAGCGCUCUCUGCUCAAAGUGGUCCGACGGCUGGAGAAAUGGCAGGAACAAUACGAUGGGAGAGAGGGACGCACUGUGGUCCACUGCCUAAAUGGGGGAGGCCGCAGUGGAACCUUCUGUGCUAUCUGCAGUGUAUGUGAGAUGAUCCAGCAGCAGAACAUCAUCGACGUGUUCCACAUCGUGAAAACCCUCCGCAACAACAAAUCCAACAUGGUGGAGACACUGGAACAGUAUAAAUUUGUAUAUGAGGUGGCACUGGAAUAUUUAAGCUCCUUUUAGACUGAUUGGAUGGGGAACCUGCCAGAGUCCAGAAGCUGCUGCAGCUGCUCCUCUUUUUCUGUGACUGACAAUGACUGGUCUCAGGAGCUCCGAGGUGGCAUACCUGCCCAGCUCCAUGAAGAAGACUGGUGGUCUCAUGCUCUGCAGUAGGCUCUUCAGCUUCUGGGAGGGGUCUGUACCUGUGGGAGAUGCUGUUCUGAUGGAGACUAGCUUCCCUUCUACGCCUGACAGCACCAGGCCCACAGAAGCCUACCCACAAGCAAGGCCCUGGACUUCCUAUUACCAGACCUCUUCUUGCUUUUGUUCGUUCUGAGUUUGUUACUCUCAUGGCAAGCUGACUGUGCAGGUGCUGGGGUAUGGGGAGCUGGCCAAUCCUUCCAUUACCAUUCUUAGGAGUACCAGGGGUGGAAGUUCUUCUCCAUGAUAUCUUGCAAAAGGGAUCACUGGGUUAUUGGUUCCUACCAUCUUCCACAGGGGCCUCUGGCAUGAGACACCUGCUGAUCUGAAUCAGUGUGACUUCUGGAUACCCCCUAGGCCAAGCAGAAAGCCUUUUCAUCUUACGCCUAACCUAUGCUGGGUUUGACUCACUACAACUGUCUCCAGCCAGGCCUUGACCUUCUGUAAUCACUCAGCAAACCUACUGUAUCUACAUUACACUUCAGCAAAGGUUUCCUUUGCUUUUCCAUAGUCUGUAGGGGGAGGAGGGCUCAUAGGAAAUGUUACAGUACCUCUUCAACCUUUGUAGAAAGGACCACUCUCCUGGGGCAGGGCUCUUGCUGGCCUGCGCAGCAUAACCCUGUGCUUCCUAGGUGGCACUUUCUGUGGGAAAGGCAAACAAGAAAAGCUUUGAGUAUUUUCCCAAGUACAUGUGAAAAGAAAUUCUUAUGAGAGUGUAAAAUCCUGUAUUCUCUUAUGUCAAAAAAAAAGAAAAGAGAAGGAUAGGAUGGGACAGGAGUUUGAACGUGCGGCUGUACGAUAGCCCUCUUGGACUUAUAUUCCUGGCCAUACCCUUGAAAAGACCCACUGUAGGAAUGACACAGCCAUUGAAUAAGUGAAGUGGAACCCCUGGGAUCAGUCCCUGGUUUGAGGGUGGGGAAAUACAGCAACACCUUUAUAA